AUGAGCUUGCGAGAUAUGAAAAUUGUCUUCCGACCGGCUGGCUUUGACGAAGACUUCGUCCGGGGUGCCAUUUUUGAGCUCCUUCAUAUUCUAGACUUCUUGCAUACUAAUGGAGAGACGGUGCACACUGACGUGCAUCCAGGCAAUAUGCUCCUAGGGGCGCACGAUAACACCAUAUUCCAAAAGCUCGAAGAAAAGGAAUUCGCAUCCCCUAUACCUUGCAAACAGGACUUAUCUGGGAGGACCGUUUAUCUCUUAUGA